GCAAAGAGAACUGGAGACACAUGAAAACAGAAUUAGGGUUCUAUAAUUCGACCGAUCUCUCUACAGAGAAAGAUCAUAGUAUUUCAAAGUUGAUCAAAGAUGGCUGCUUUCGUUUCUAGAUCUUCUCGCAUUGGCUUGAAAGCCCUCGGCAACAUCAGUUCGUUUAAUCUACAGAACAUAUCUCAUGGUCCGGCUUCCAUGUCCAACAGUUUAUUCACUCAGCAACAAAGAACGUUCAUACAGAUGAGGACGAAUUUGAAAGUAGUUGAUAACUCUGGAGCUAAACGAAUUAUGUGUAUACAAGCAUUGAAAGGGAAGAAAGGUGCAAGAUUGGGAGAUACUAUAGUUGCAUCAGUAAAGGAAGCACAACCAGGUGGGAAAGUUAAGAAGGGAGAUGUAGUUUAUGCUGUUGUUGUGCGUGCAGCAAUGCAAAAGGGAAGAUCCGAUGGAAGUCAGAUUAAGUUUGAUGAUAAUGCUGCGGUUCUUAUCAACAAACAAGGUGAGCCGAUUGGAACUAGGGUUAUGGGACCGGUUCCUCAUGAGAUGAGGAAGAAGAAACAUGUUAAGAUUUUGAGUCUUGCAGAGCAUAUAGCCUAAGAAGACCUGGGGUUUCAAAAUCUUCAAUGAGUUGAAAUAAUGCAUAAAGAAAAGAAAAUGUAGUUGACAGAAGGUGGUGUUUAGGGCUUUGUUAGUCGACAAAGAGGACUAAGGUCUGUUGGCUUGGUUGGUAAGGUUUGUCUAAUUCCUUUGAAAUUAAGGGCUUUACUUGGUUGAAGUUUAAACAUAAAAUAAAAUGUUCUGUCUUUAUGGCUGUCGGUCAUUAGUAGGAAGUAAGAGGAGGCAUGGAGAUAGUUGUAUUGCUUAGCAUCAAGCAAACAUGAACCCUACAAAGUUUAUAUUACAACUUAAUUAGA